GUGAGGAGCGAGAGCAAGUCAGUGCUGUCUGUCGGCUAGGUGCUUACCGCGUUCACCAAACACUGUCAGCAGACUUUAAGCAUGAUUCGGCGGUCCAGAAGCAGUCUGUACAGCAGUGAGGAUGACGAGGAGGAGACUGAGAUGUAUGAACAUGAUUAUGAUGGAUCAUUGCCCAAGCCUGGGAAACGCCAGCUCGGCAAGACACGCUGGACACGAGAAGAGGAUGAGAAGUUGAAGAAACUUGUUGAACAUCAUGGAGCAGAAGACUGGAAAGUAAUUGCAAGCCUAUUAACUAACCGUACAGAUGUGCAGUGCCAACACAGGUGGCAGAAGGUUCUAAACCCAGAACUCAUUAAAGGACCGUGGACCAAAGAGGAGGACCAGAGGGUGAUCGAGCUGGUCCAGAAAUACGGCGCCAAACGCUGGUCAGUGAUCGCCAAGCACCUGAAGGGGCGAAUUGGCAAGCAGUGCCGCGAGCGCUGGCACAACCACCUGAACCCAGAGGUUAAGAAGACUUCCUGGACGGAGGAGGAGGACAGAAUAAUCUACCAGGCGCAUGAGAAGCUGGGCAAUCGCUGGGCAGAAAUCGCUAAGCUGCUCCCUGGCAGGACCGACAACGCUAUAAAGAACCACUGGAACUCCACCAUGAGGAGAAAGGUGGAACAGGAGGGCUACCUCCAGAACACAGCCAAGAACAGCAGCCCCUCGCUUCCCGCCAGCCGCACUUACGUGAAGACCAACAAUCAGAUCAUGUGCUUUCCCCAACAGCCCGGUCACACGCAGCUGACUUCCAACUUGCCACUCAGCUACGCCACCUACCUGUCUGACGCACGUAGAGUGCACUCCACUCCACUCCUCUCAUUCAAUAUGAACAUACUCAACAUUCCCCAAGUCCAGAGACACUAUAACGAGGAGGACCCUGAGAAGGAGAAGAGGGUGAAAGAGAUCGAAAUGCUGCUCAUGUCAACAGAAAAUGAACUGAGGGGCCAGCCAUCACUACCGAUAUGUUCGUUCUAUCAAAACUGGACCAACCAGAGCUCCAUGUCCAACAGCUCAGAAGGUGCUGCUCUGCCUUUACCUCAUCACCAGGCAGCCAGCCAGGAACUGUCUCUUGACCAGAGCAGCUCAGCUGAGGACAGCGCCCCCACAACACCCGUCGAAGGCAUUAACGGCAACAACAGCAACAACAACAACAACAGUCCCCACAACAGUCCUGCGUUCUCAAAUCCAAUGCCGGGGCUUAUGGAAUCCAUGAUUGACUCAUUCCUCAACCAGCCAGUGAGCCCAGAACACUCAGACAAUCUACCCUUUAACUCGCCUGUGCCUGCAAGCCUCCUAAAUGAUAAUGAAUUGCUCAUGACGCCCAAUAUGUGUGAGUCAAUUCUGGAGUCAACCCCACGUACACCCACGCCUUUGAGAUCAGCCUCGACCCAUCAGGAGAUCAAAUAUGGCCCCGUUAAACUAAUGAACACCACUUUGGGGCAGCAGAUGGUUGGGUCCAUCAAGCAGGAGCCAGUGGAAGAUGCCAUUAAGCAUCCUCCAUUUAAGAAGAUAAAGCAAGAGGUCGAGCUCCCAUGCAAGAGGAGCCACUGCAUGCAGUGGGCAGGGCAAGAACUUAACAGGCAGCUCUUCUCCCCCAGUCGCCCAGCUCAGGAAGUAUCGGACCUACUUACAAGCUCACUCUUGAACGAAGACGGACACAAAAUCUACCAGCUCCCUCACAGAAGCCUGAAUAACCCACUACAGCAGCAACAGCUGGGUUCCUGGGAUCUGUUGGCCUCCGGGAAAACAGAGGAGCACAUACUGGCCUCGGAACACAAGUUCUUGAGUGCUUUCCCUUCAAGGACACUGAUGAUAUAGACUGAGAUAAAUGCUGAUCCAAACACAUCAACUUUUCCUGCACUGGAGUUUAAAAAAAGAAAGAGAAAAAAAGCCCUUAGCUCAACCAGGCUAAGGUGUUUAGCCCCCCAGCUGAAGCAGUAGAAAAUGGUUGGAGCAAUGGAUGGAUCAAGCAGAUGUUUACUUGUUUACUUCUGGAACACAGGCGUUUACGGCAUCACUGGGUUCAAAACUCAAAGAGUUUUUGCUUUCACCUACACUUGUGGAACAGACGGGCGGAUACAUAUUUGCGGUGGUACAGUCAUUGGGAGAGGCUAUAUGCCACUGUUUUUUUCACACUUACAUUUGUUGGAUUUGUACCAACCAAAGACUUUUUUUUAAGGGGGGAGGGGGGGGUGACUUUUUUAAAGUUUUUAAAUUUUUAAAUUUCCACACUUGUGGAACAGACGGGCGGAUACAUAUUUGCGGUGGUACAGUCAUUGGGAGAGGCUAUAUGCCACUGAUUUUUUCACACUUACAUUUGUUGGAUUUGUACCAACCAAAGACUUUUUUUAAGGGGGGAGGGGGGGGGGUGACUUUUUUAAAGUUUUUAAAUUUUUUAAAUUUUCUUUGGUUUUAUUGUAUUACAAACGGGGAAAUGGUGACCAUGUAUGCCUUGGGCUGUAUUAUUAAUUACACAUGUUGAUAGUAAUAUAAAGAACAAGCUCAUUAAUUUAUUGAUUUUUUUUUUUUACAUUAUGACUUUGUUGCUGUUGUUUUACAAUUGGCCAAUGGAGCAGUGUUGUAUUUCAGAGUAUUUAAGCCCUUUUAGCAUUAUCGUACAUCAAAAGUCAUAAUGAUUAUUUUCUAACUGACCUCUGUAUUUCACACAUGAAACAGUUUUUAUUUUGUUUUGGUUUUUUACCUUUUUUUGUCCUUUUUUUUUAAUUAUUAAGGGGUUUUUAAUGGGUCUACUGAGAAUUUCAAGUGUUUGGUCUUUGCCACCUCAUGUAAACACUCCACUGCUGAACAAGGACUGCUCGGUCUGUUCUCGCACCACUAUGCAACUACAAUUUUUAUACUUUUUUUUAUACAACAGAAAGGGGCCAGCCUUUUUAGUAUUACCUGACAACCACAUCGGCGCCUUUAUUUCAUAGGAAUUGAGUUUUCAUUUCAAGUUUUUGUGAUUUAUUUCUGGCCUUCACAGUAUCCCCCCCAACCGGGAAAAGAUUCAAUGAACAAGCAAUUCUUAGAAUUUAGAUACAUAUAUAUAUAUCUACAGAAAGAGAGAGAAUUUAUUUAUACAUUUGAAAAUCCGAAAUGCAUUUAUAUUUGAAACCUGAGCUUCACCCAGUAAGAGUAAGACCAAGCUGCACUUGAAUUUUAUAUUCUCCUUAAAACUGUGAGAGUAGCAAACACUGAUAUUAAUGCUACAGCCAAAAUCCCAUUUUUUUUAAAAAAAGAGAAAGAAAGAAACAUUUCUUCUGAUGGAUUUACACUGUUGUAAAAGUACACUCAACAAGCAUUUUGUGUCCUUUAACGAAACUGCAGUAACUCGUGUCAAACACUUAGCACACUUUUUGUAAAAGCAUUUACACAUGCCAAGUUUUUAUACUUCUACUUUUGACUGCCUAC